CUUCAACAUCAAGCCCACAGAGGCCACCGAUACACUGAAGAAGAAAAGAAGCAAGUGAACGCAGUGCGUGCUACGCGUUCGGUUAGAGGAAUUCCGUGUUAUUUUUUGCGUGACACAUCUGGUCAAUGCAUAAACUAAACGGCGUGCCCCUUCAGAAUGGCUUAAACGCAACGGUUGCUCACGGACAGACAAGAAGUUUCCUCGCCUCCGUGCGCUUGGGCCGUUCCGGUCACACACAGUCGUACUCGGCUGCUGUGUGAAGUGAGGAGAGCGCGAAGAAGAAGCGGUGGGUGGUGGCGGUUGGUUGCCAAGGUUGUGCGGCAGUGGAAAGGGAGAUUCGCUUUUUUCCCACUGUAAAACGGUACCAGAGUGUGUGCAGCCAGGAUCAGCAUCUCUCCCGCGGCGGCAUACUAUUCAACCCUACAGCGCCUAGACGCAGGCCGAAUUUUCACCGUAAUGUGAAGGCGCAGCGCACCGAAGAUUAAAAGUGUGGAUGAACACUUUUCUUUCUGCCCCCCCCUACCACCGGAAGUGUUUACGCUCGUGCCCGCUUGCGUGUGUGUGCGAAGUUAGUGUGUUGGUGUGUGCGCACACAAACGCCGAAGAGAGUGUAUGUGCGCAAGAGUGUAGUGGUUGAUGGUGGUGUUGUGUGCGGCACACGGUUCAUCUCAGCAAGCGUCGUAGCAGUCAGCAGCAGCAGCAGCAGCAGCGGCCAUCAACGGGCCUGUAUUAUUUUGUUGUUGUUGUUGUUCCUGUUCCUCUUUUGUGCCCGCUGCGGUGAAGAAUGUGAGGCGGUCCCAGAAAGCCCCACAGCAGCAACAGCAUCACUGUGUGGAGUGAUUUUUCGAUAUCUCUCUGCCGAAAGUGAGCAGAAAGCAAGUGGAGCAAAAUAGAGUGUGUGUGUAUGUGUGUGUGUGGAAGUGUGCGCCGCGUACACAAUUACGCUCAGCCGCUCGGUUGGGGGCUAAGGUGGAAAACGGUGAGAAUAGGAAAAAAGGGAAGAAAUCCAUAGGGGGAGAUAGAAGAGUAAAGGGUGUGUGAGGAGGAAGAAAAGUGUAUUAGAGCUCCUUCCCGUCGGUUUUACGCGCGUGUGUGUGUGGGUACGGUGGGGUAUGGUGGUGUUGUUUUUCUCAUACUCUGUGUCUAUCACUGUAUGUGGGGUCUGCGUCUGAUAGAAUCAUUAGUGCGACACAUGUGAAGUGUGUGUGUGUGAAAGUGUGUAUGUGUGUGUGUGUAUGCUUGACGCCGUAUACAAAACACACAAAGAUACAGGCAGAGAAAAGGAGAAAGAGUGAGAGAGAGAGCGAGAUACGUGCGCCCUUACAAUCAGUCCGCCGGCAUUACGCGUAAUCGCACACAAGCCGUACCCGAACGCCCCGAGAUAAGCGCCGGCUUCUUCCUCUUCUGCAGCUCGUUGGUGGUCGGUUGUUAGAGGGCCACGCCGAAAAGCAGCAUCCGACUACCGCCCGUCGCCAUACGCAGGCUGCUAGUGUUCCGGGGCAAUGGGUGCCCAGCAGGUGAAGGAACGUCCGACCGGAACUAUCUCUACCCUCGGUGCCGGCAGCUCGAUCCGGUCCAGCCGCAGCAAACCCCGCUCGUCGAAGGAUGCGCGAACGCUCGGCUCAAACAUCUUCACCGAACACAGUGAAGCACUGCUUCAGUCGCGCCCGUUACCUCACAUACCACCGCCUGGCAGUUUGUUACCAACGGAUCUACUGGGCCAGAAUCAGGAUGGGUUGGAAAACCAUACCGGCACCAUGCACUCGCAGGGCAGCUCCAACGCGGCACAGUCCAGCUUCGAAACGGCUCACCGAUGGACGUCGAAGGAGAACCUGUUGGCACCCGGACCCGAGGAAGACGAUCCGCAGUUGUUUGUCGCGCUGUACGACUUCAAGGCCGGCGGUGAAAACCAACUGAGCUUGCGAAAGGGCGAACAGGUGCGGAUACUGUCCUACAACAAGUCGGGCGAAUGGUGCGAGGCACACUCCGACUCGGGCCAUGUUGGGUGGGUGCCGUCGAACUACGUGACGCCGCUAAACUCGCUGGAGAAACACUCCUGGUAUCAUGGGCCGAUUUCGCGCAACGCGGCCGAAUAUUUGCUAAGCUCCGGCAUCAACGGUAGCUUUCUGGUGCGUGAAAGCGAAAGUUCGCCCGGCCAGCGCAGCAUCAGCUUGCGGUAUGAUGGGCGCGUCUAUCACUACAGAAUAUCGGAGGACUCCGACGGAAAGGUGUACGUCACGGCCGACGCCAAGUUUAACACGCUGGCCGAACUGGUGCACCAUCACAGUGCGCUGCACGAGGGCCACGGUUUGAUUACGCCCCUACUGUACCCGGCCCCGAAGCAAAACAAACCGACCGUGUUCCCGCUCAGCCCCGAGCCGGAUGAGUGGGAGAUAUGCCGGACGGACAUCGUCAUGAAGCACAAGCUGGGCGGUGGGCAGUACGGCGAGGUGUACGAGGCUGUGUGGAAGCGCUACGGCAACACGGUGGCCGUUAAAACGCUCAAAGAAGAUACGAUGGCUUUAAAAGAUUUCCUAGAAGAGGCCGCCAUCAUGAAGGAAAUGAAACACCCGAAUUUGGUGCAACUGAUAGGCGUCUGCACGCGCGAGCCACCGUUUUACAUCAUUACCGAAUUCAUGAGCCACGGAAAUUUGCUCGAUUUUUUGCGCACCGCCGGCCGGGAAACGCUAGAUGCCGUGGCGCUUUUGUACAUGGCUACCCAAAUCGCUUCUGGCAUGAGCUAUCUCGAGAGUCGAAACUUUAUCCAUCGCGAUUUGGCAGCACGCAACUGCCUCGUCGGCGAUAACAAUCUGGUAAAGGUGGCAGAUUUCGGACUGGCGCGACUGAUGCGCGACGAUACGUACACGGCGCACGCCGGUGCCAAAUUUCCCAUCAAGUGGACGGCGCCCGAGGGCUUGGCGUACAAUAAGUUCAGCACCAAAUCGGACGUGUGGGCGUUCGGCGUGCUGCUGUGGGAGAUUGCAACGUAUGGCAUGUCGCCGUAUCCUGGGAUCGACCUCACGGACGUAUUCCACAAGCUCGAGUCUGGCUAUCGCAUGGAACGACCGCCCGGCUGCCCACCCGAGGUGUACGAUUUGAUGCGGAAGUGCUGGCAGUGGAAUGCUCAAGAUCGUCCAACGUUCAAAAGCAUCCAUCACGAUCUGGAGCACAUGUUUCAGGAAUCCUCCAUUACUGAAGCGGUAGAGAAGCAACUCCAAGGAGUGGGUGUGAUGCCGAUGCAGCUAACGCCGCAGAUGAGCAAGAAGCCACAUAUGGGUAUGCAGCAACAGCAGCAACAACAGCUACAGCAACAGCAACUGCUACCUCCUCCGCCGUCACAAACACAACAGCAGCAGCAGCCGGUGCAGCACGAACCUGCAAUAACACCGAUUUCUGAUUCCGGUUCCGGUUCCGGUUCGAAGUUCAGCACAUUUGGGAACAAGCAACCAUCUACCGCUGGUGUGCAAAUGCGACGAACAACGAACAAACGUGGCAAAACGGCUCCGGCGCCUCCGAAGAGGACAAGUCUGCUAUCAUCCAGCCGUGACUCAACGUACCGAGACGAUGACAAUUGCAAGCUUGGCGAGGGCGAGCAAAAUGCAAACGGUACUACUAUUCCCAUCACAAAAUCGUCCUCUUGCAGUAGUUUCCUUAUCGAUAAGCUGUUUCGAGGAUUUUCCCGUGAUAUGGCAAACCUAAUGAAUCGGGCAACUGAUUCCGAGAAUGAGCAAACCGAGGUCACUCCGGACACCGAUACAGACAAUCCGGAACCAGUUGGGUUUCAGAAAACUCCCCAGCAAAGUUCAUUCAAGCGCGCCCCGAUCAUGGGCAAUAGAGGGCUGGAAACACGGGGCAGCAAACGCCUGCCCCAGCAAGCACGCCGUGAUCAACUACCGCCCGGCCCGGGAGGUCAACCGUGUACGCCAGUGUUAGGGACUGGACAGCCACCGAUAGUAGGUGCGCUUGAGGUGCAGAACGUCAAGAAAGCCAUCAACAGAUACGGUACGCUGCCCAAGGAUGCGCGAAUAGGAGCGUACCUCGAAUCGUUGCGCCAAAGCGAUGGCACUGUUAUUCAGCAGGGCCAACCGGCGGUGCAACAGCAGCAGUUACCUCAGCACCAGCAGCCGCAGCAGCAACAUGUCGUCGGGCCUCCGCCUGGUGCGGCACCAAUGCAGAUGGGCAUGAAUCCAAACAUGGCACUGGUUUCGGAACCGCCGCCUCCGCCAAUGGCAGCGGCGAAUGCGAUAUCGAACAGUAUACUAGCGCAGCGAAACGCAGCGGCAAUCAAAGCACAACCACAGAUGAUACGAAGCAACUCCUCGAGUGGGGUCACCAUGUCCAACUCGGCCACAGCUAGUCUUUCAAAACUGCAACGCCAUCGAACGACUACGGACGGUUCGAUGAUGACGUUCUCCUCCUUCCGCGGGUCGGUUGGAAACAAUAGUCCUAAGCGAGCAGUCCAGCCGACGCUAGCCGAUCUCGAGUUUCCGCCACCGCCGGUGGAUCUUCCGCCGCCCCCGGAGGAGUUUGAUAUGCCGCUUGAUCAACGAGGAGGAGGAGGAGGAGGAGGGUCAGGAGGCAUGUUGGAAAAAUCGAUCGCCCCCUCGAACGAUGUGCGCAACACGGAACCGAGCGUCGAAGAGGCUAGCACGCGCUUUGGCGUAAGCUUGCGCAAACGCGAACCUUCCACUGAUUCGUGCAGCUCACUCGGCAGUCCGGCUGAUGCCAUGAUCAAUACCGUGGGAGAUCCGUCCUCGCUUCCCAUUCCACCGCCACCACCCGCGAAGGACUUGAAAGCGGACCCGAAACGUGUAACGAAUGUGCCAAAGUGUUUACAGGGUGACGUCGUCGGGGGUAAACGAACUGCCGGUCCACUGCACGGCACCUCCGAUCCAGCAUCACAAUUAGUCAGUGAGCUGGCGGAAUCGAUGCAUUUACCAAAGGCGCCCUCGCCACUAACGACCGCGCAGGAACCACAGCACCACCAGCAGCAGCAGCCAAUCUCCCAUUACAAGUCCUCGGACGUUAGCUCGCUUCGCAAACCGGUGUCGAUGUCAAAAUCGACCAUCCUGCCAUCUACCAAUGCAGCGGCUAAUGACAAUUACAGUGCUGCCACCAACGCUGCCUCCGGCGUACCGCAGCCGCCCUUCAAAGCUCAGCUGAAGAAAGUAGAUACAGCGAAAAGAGCACCAGCCCAGCCGGCGAAGAAAGAGGAGAGCACGGGAGGCAUUAUCGAUUUCAAGUCCAGACUACGCAAGGUGGAUCAAAACAAUACGGAGGUGUCAAGUAAUGGCGGCAGCGGCGGGGGUGAGUCUGUCGACCCCCCGACGUCGAAUGUGGACAAUAAUAACAAGCACCAAGCGGGGGGCAACAGUCUGCAGAGUAUUCACAACAACAACUUCAACACCACCGCAUCCAGCAAUAAUAGUAAUGGCAACAUCCUGAACAAUAAUGAUAAUUCUGCUUCGUCCUCCUCGUCGGAGAACGAAAACCAUCGGUCGGCGAAGAAGGGUGAGACGGGAACGCCGAUGGUAGUUCGAAACGGAACCAGCAUUUCCGGCAAGAACAGUAUGGACUCCAGCAACAAGUUACUCCUAGAGAAUAACGAGCUCAACUCGCUGAAGCUGAAGAAAACGAAUGUCGCGUCCACGAUCGUCACGGGUACAGCCCCGAUCGACAGCAACAAGGUGAUCGAGCUGAAAAAGACUGAAAUCAAGAUUGAGCUGAGUGACGAUCGGAAGCGCGAAAGUCUGGAAGGGAACUCGCUCAAGGUGGACAGCGGCGGUGGUAGCGGAGAUAAUCUGUCAACAGGCAGCAGCGGAGCAGGUGGCGAGGACGGGGACGGUAAACGCAAAAGCACAGGCAGUAUUAGCAGCCUGAAAAAGCUGUGGGAAGCGAAGGAAUCGCCGAGUGAUCCGUUGAGCGCACAGCUCAGCCCCAAGCUAGGAACAAAGAGCGUGGCAAAUAUGGUACCGAAAAUGAACAACAACGUGGAAGCGGAGGAUGGCUCCGUAGGAGGGGGUCACGAUGCAACUCAGCAGCAACAGCAGCAGCAAGAGCAGCUGCAACAAGCGAAUGCCGGACCGGCGGGAUGCGUUUCGACGGGUACAUUGGGCAGCAACAAGAAACCGGCCGUCCCUAUGAAGCCAUCCAAGUUUGCUUCCAUUUACGCGACACCGGUACAAAAUAUGAUGCAAACGGCAUCGUCCACAGUGGCAUCUGCAACGGGCUCAAGUGUUGGUGGUGGUGGUACGUCCAAUACGAGUAAUAUUUACGCAAAAUCAAACGACAGCAGCAGCAUUAUUCAGCAAUCAGACAAGCCCGCGUCGACGACUGGUUCCGCUACGCCAUCAGCAGGUGGGCGUGAGUCCAUCCUGGAGCUAGUGCAGCUGUUGCAGACCAGCUUGAAACAGCCGGUCGGUAACAUUUCCGCCUCUCAGUGGCUAGCACUGAGUGAUCGGCUCAAUUCGCUACAGUCUAGCUGUGUUACCUUUGCCGACAACGAAAGUCUGCCACCGCACGCCAAAUUUCACUUCCGAGAGCUAGUCACACGGGUGGAAAAUCAGGCUCGUUCGUUACGGUCCGCUAGUAACAAGAACGUUCAAGACAACGAAAAACUCGUCCAAGAAGUCGGCCAAUCGCUGAAGCAGAUAUCAAAUGCCUUGCACAGGUAAUUUCAAGUAAAGUUGGUUGAUUUCGAUGAAUCAUUCUAAUAGGUGGUUCUUUAUUUUUGUAUUUUUUUGGAGAUGCCUCAGUUUUUGAAAUGCGUUUAAUAAGAGUCAUUUCGUAGGAAUUUGGGAUGAUGGUUUUAAUUGGCACAAAUUCCGCACCAGGGGUUUGGCUUCAUAAUUCCCCCCUCCACGUUAAUCGAGGAGAAGGGUUAAUGAGCUUAGUUUUGAUUUUUCUCUUUCUUUAUUUCACAUUUAAUCCUCGCUGGUGACGAUCUGUUUCUUACACCAACGAAGUUAACUUGAGCUCAAGUUGAUGAUGAUUGGCCAAUGGAAAUUAUACGUACACAUGUUUGCUUUAACGAGAGCCAUCUCGUGUAAGAUUUAGUCAGGCGGUCCAUCAGCUUCGGUUGGAUUGAUUUUGUACGUUGGAACACCGUUUUCAUUCUUAACUGGGAGCGAAGUAUUGCAAAAUAAGCGGUUUUCCACAGGACUUUAAUGUUAACGUAGGUCUAUAUGUACACACUAUUCUAAUAUCUUACCCAUUUGUGUAUGUAUGAUUGAGUAAAAUACAUUGAAACCAACCAAAACAUUUGAAAUAGAUAACUAUCAUGCAGUUAACAGUUGGAAGAAAGACGAAUGGAAAACGGAUCUUUGCAGUAGACAAAAGGAUAGCUGUAUCCAUCCCGAGCGAAACAAUCCAACGAAUGAAACACAGGCAGUCGUACUGAUUGUCUGGUCGAAAAUAUCAAUGCAAACACGUUUGAGACAGAAUUAAUUCCAAAAACAAAUUAUAAAGAAAGUAAUUAAACAACAACAACAACCAAAACACAUCUAUGAAACAAGAAUCAGCAUCACUGAUACUAUUACUAUGCUCAAUGAAUUUGCCAAAAAAAAUGUCGCGUAAAUUAAAACAAAAAAUAACAGGAGAGCAUACGCCACAAUGAAGAAAGUUAUUGUAUUUCCGGCUUUCCAUAGUUUUAUUGUUUACGAAGCAUAAGGGGCGAAGUAUGAGCACGUUACGUGUUUGCAGUAUGUUCAUCUUCGGUUGUAUACAGUCCAACAGUACUUUUGUUUGCGAGUUAAAUUAAUAGAAUGGUUGACGCAGGGAUUUAUGUACGAGUAACGAUUUUAAACGUCUCCGUUACAUGUUUUAGUUUUGCAAAACAUUAUCGAGAUCGAUGAUCAGGCAAAAACCAUAUGGAUAACGAAGCAAAACACAGUGUGCAAAAGUGAAACCAAUUUUAAGGCAUUGUUAGUGAUAGUUUUUAAACCAGAAAACACCCAUACACUGAAUACUGCUUUGGCUUGAAGCCAGGCAAAACCGUAGAAGACUGUAAAACGUUUAAGUUUCUAAGCAUGUAAAAACAAGCACACCUGUGGCACAGAGAGAGACCGAUCAUCGAUCGCAAAAUGCCGGUGGACCAUUUGAUCAUUAUAGUUGAAAAUGUUAAAUUUUCAACACAUUAACACUGUUGCGACUGUGAAUAUAUGCCGUAAUUUAAUGCAACUACAGCACCAGUAAGAUGUGCUUGGCUCUAAUACCAAAAAAUAAUAAAAAAAAAACAUCGGAAAGUUCGGAAAUGUGGUGUUACACUUUUCCGGAACGAUCUACUAUUUGGGGAUGUAUUAACGAACAGAGAUACAGCUACGCCUGGAGAGGCACCUUACUCUCUCUCUCUCUCUUACUAGCUAUGCGCGAAGUGUUUCUCAAACAACAGUAAAUGGCAAUAAGUGAUUAUCAUACAUAUUUUAAUAUUCAACGUUAAGCCAAAGAGCUUAAGACUUUCGCUUUCCCUUUCAUCAACCGUACCGUCGUUUGUAAAGGGUAGAUGACAAUUCGCUUGCAACAUGAGAUAAUCCGCGCGCUGGUUGCAUUUUAUGCAUCGGGGAAAUAAGAAAUAGUUUCAGUUUAUUUUAAGUUGACAGUUAACUUAUUUACCUACCACUGGGUAACAGGAACGGGAAAAGAUAGAACUACGAUAGCUCUAGACGCUUUUUACUGUGUGUGAGUCUGAUUGGGACUCGGAAACAACCCGAGAACGUGAGUUGUGAAACUUAUACAUAUACUUUCGUUCACACUUCACCUUAUGCUCUUCCGAUCAGCUAGGUGUGCCGCUAGGAAGCAUGUUAGCAACCGUAGCAUGUCGUGUGAACAAUGGUACUGUCUAGAAGUUAUAAAAAUCGCUCUCCUCGUGUGCGUUACAGCCGUACUACGGUCGAGAACGCUGCAAAAUGCUAGUCGUAAAUGGUUACAUUAUUAUCAUUAGAUUUUAACGUAUUCGUAAAUAGAAAAGCGUGUGUGAGAGCAGAGCGGUGGUGAAUACAACGCUUAACAGGGAGGUGUGAUGGAGAAGGCGCACGGGGUGUAAACCGAUGUGCGGAAUCCAAAUGGGUUUUAUUUUAAUAUUUUAUUUGAAAUCGAAAAUCUCGUUAAACUUCCAUUUUAUUGUAGUAAAUAGGAAUAGGUUUUAUGCAACACACCAGCAGCACCACCACGAACAAGCGCGCGCGCCUGCACCAGUACUAUAGUCGAUGAUGCGGCGCACUACCGUACCCACGAAAGUGAUGAAGCGCGCGAAUCUGUGUGUGUCAGAGGGAUAAGAAAUCAAUUAGCGGGCAAACAAUUUCGAUUUUUAUUGCAAAAUAAGGUGAUAAAGCAACGGGAGUGGUGAGCAUUCAGUCAUAAUAACAUAUGUGCGCUAGUGAUUUAUUCGGUGUGUUACUCUGUCCGGUGAUGUUUUCGAAGCUAUCUGUAAAGAAAUAAAACAAAACUUACGUAAUACUGUACCACUCCCCAAUAGAACGUGUGUCGGUCGGGCGCAAAAUCACACUAUUACGUAUUACUUGCAUUUUUGGUUUGUUUUUUGAGAACGAUAAUUAAUUUAACGCCAGUGAUUGGAUGUGCAAAUAGUGGCGAAAUCAAAAAACGAAAGAUAACAUAACUUAAAAAUGCAAAACUGUACACCAUAAUCAAAACGAGAGUAAAAUUCAAAGCUACUUAGAAUUACAAUAACAUCUCAACAUCGGGAAAGCAAGCAAGCAGUACGUAAAGUCAAAAGGAGCAACCGAAGAACGGCAGAGUUGUAUUAAAAAAAAGAAAAGAGAAAAGCAAAUCGCCAACAUGUGGCGAGAAACGUAUAAGACCAUAACAUAUACAAAUACAUACAAUAUAUUCUUAUAUUUUUAGAAAGCGUGCUGCACCACUCAAAAAAGCAUGAGCUAAAACCAGAGAUAGGUAACACAUUCAUUCGAAACACACCUACAUUCAUAUUCAUACAAAAGUAAAUAUAUAUAUACACACAUUAUAUAUACAUACGGAAACAAAUCACACGCAUUAAAGACAUGUCAUGCAUAUUGAAUACCUUAUGAUAAUAAUACUUCAUCCAUGAAAAGAAUAACAACCAACACAAUCUUAAAACUCCUUCAAAGGACAAGCUUUUGUGCGUGUAAAGGGCAGGAACUUGUAAUGAGCAAAUAUGGAACAGUGGAAACCUUGAUAAAUGAAGAAAAACAAUGAUUAGCGAACAAAUUGUAAAAUGUAUCAAAUGUCA